AUGUCGCACCGGCCCCAAACGAUGCCACCAGCCUCUGGUCGCGGCGGUGGAGGUGUUAAGGGAGGAGGUGGAGCUGGUAGGACUACGGGAACGGGACCUGCUACGGAGUAUUAUAAUAACAAUAAUACUUCUGCUCUUACCGCAAAUACGAAUACAGGAGGAGGUGGAGGUGGAGGCUUGAUCACAAUUACUACGCCUGCAAGAUCUACAUUCAACCACCGGCAGCAGCCACAGCCAGAGCACUAUAAUCCUCACCAUAACCACCAGCACCAAACCCCCAGCACUCCCUCGACACUCACAUACCCCUCGGUUCCAAAAUCCCUUUCCAACAACAUCAAUACCAACACCAACACCAAUACCAACACCAACAACAGCAGUGGUAAGCCGCAACAGCAGCAACAGCAACACCUUUCGGUUCCAGAGGUCCUGCUGUCGACCGCCGCAACAUCCCCAAUGCCGCCCUCACAAUUCACGAACCGCCCCCCGCCGCGCACCUCCUCCAUCGACUCGGCCAUCUCAACAGUCUCCCGUCACUCCGCUGAUGGAAACAACGCCAGCGGCAGCGGCAGCAGCAGCUCCGCCCCUACACACGCAGAUAUCCAGACGCUGAUUGAGACAGCAGGAUCAGCAGAGGCCCUGAUCGGCUAUAUGCUAAAGGAGAAGGCGUCGGCGGCGACGCAGAAUGCACAGCUGUGGAAGCUGGUGGAUAAGCAACGGGCCAUGAUCCUGGGACUCAACAAGGAUCUCGAGCAGGCGCUCAAGGACAAGGACCGGUAUCGCAAGAAGCUGAAGGAGCAGCUAGGAGUCGUCCCGCCAGUGCCGAGUUCUUCGGCGGCGAUCAUGGCGGCGAGGGCCGCGGCGGCGGCGGAGAGCGCGGAGGAACACGAGGACUCACCGGUGGAGAGCUUCUCGCUAGUUAGGUCCGAGUCGAUGCCGCUGCCGGAGCGAGGGGGGGUGUUCGGUGGCGGGCUCGAGAUUUCGUAUCCGGAGGCUAUGGAGACACUGGAGGAGGGGCCGUCGUCGCCGACUGCGACUCGCAACGGAGCGUUAACGCCAGAGAGUGUCAGGACACCGCUGGGCAGCCAACACUCCGACUCGACGAGCUUGAAGGAGGGGAGUGGUUUUGCGCCGCUGUCGCCGAGGGCUCAGGAGAUGUACGUGCCAAAGGAUGAGUCAGGAAACGCUGACAAUGCUCCAUUCCAGUACCCGGUGAGUUCUGCAAAGAUCGCGUCGAGGGCUCAUCAUUUGAUGAAGUUGGGUAUCUCGACAAACGUCGCGCCUGCAUCCGGACUUGGGAAAUCACCAAUUAGAAAAGCUCCGCCAGCACCGCUGGCACUGGCUUCACCUCUAAGUGAAACCAGGUCCCAGCUUCAUACAGAUGAUGAGGAGGACGAUGAGUACGAGGACGAUAAUGUGUCGAUUGAAGAGAUACCGGGGUAUCAGCAGCGGGCAGAGACAGAAGGAGAGGUUAUCGUAACGCAGGAUCACAACGAUGAGAGCGUGAGCAUUGAGAGGAUGCCCGUCUAUGAUAGACGCACCAGCUGGACGCACACACCUAUAGACAAGAAGGGCCCGCCAAGUCUAGCGCUUCUCCCGAGUGUAAAUAUACCACAUGCCGCGCCGACCCCGCGCUUCCAGGACCGUCAGGCAAUGUCACUUGCGCCGCCAAUGGUCCACAACGGAAAGCCGUUUUCUCCUGGCCUCGCCGCCGACGGCUCGGGCAUCCGACAGCAGUUUGCGAGAGCCCCGUUGCCGAGUCCUGGGCUGCCAAGUUCCCCAAGACCGAUUGACAGGCCUAUGAACUCACCCAAGCCCAAGCAGCGACCCCAGUCUCCCGGCUCUCCCAGGACCAGCCCGUUGUCGCCGCGUCUUGGUGUCGCCCCGGUGCCGUUUCAGCCUAGUACGCCGCGCGGGCUUAUGCCACAAAGCUUGAAUGCGCCGUUGCGCUCGCCGCUCCCCAGAGGCCAUGAGAAGAGCGACUCGACGACCAGCCAGGGCUCGCUAGAGGACCAGGUAAUUAACCUAAUUAUCCAGCCCAGCGCCAUCAAUUCCGUCGACUGCCGAGUAGUGUCCUCGCGCAUGCGCCCCUCCCGAGCUAGUAUGCUCCCCGGUAGCAAGCCAAGAGUGUCCGAAAAUGAUUCCGUAUUCACGCUCGGCGUAUUUGCGCGGGGAACUGGCGGCGAGAUUCUACGUGUUGAGAAGGAUGUCGGCGCGCUCCCGGCACUGGACGCAGUCCUCCGCAAAUUCAUUACCUUCAACGCCAAGCUCCCGGACCGCGCGCUAUUUACAGGUCACGCCCCGGCAAGGAUCGACUCGAGGAGGGCAGCUGUGGAUGAGUAUUUUGCGGGAGUCCUGGGAGCGACUAUGGAUGAGCGUGCGGCGCUGGCGCUGUGCCAGUUUUUCUCGACUGACGUCGUAGAUCACAUACCCAGCGCCGACGUCGCAGGGUCCUUUAAGGAUGGCAGCAGCAUUGCCAGUGGUGUGCAAGGGAAGCCGCAGAAAGAAGGAUAUCUCACCAAGCGCGGCAAGAAUUUUGGCGGUUGGAAGGCACGCUACUUUGUGCUCAACGGACCGGUGCUGAAAUACUACGAGGCUCCCGGCGGUGCGCACUUAGGCCAGAUCAAGCUUCAGAGCGCGCAGAUUGGGCGGCAGUCACAGAGCCAGAAGGUAAAGGAGCCUUUGGAGGGCGAGACCGACACGGAGAGCCAGUACCGCCAUGCAUUCCUGAUUCUGGAGCCGAAGCGGAAGGAUUCAUCAACGCUUGUGCGACAUGUGCUAUGUGCAGAGAGUGAUGCCGAGAGGGACGAAUGGGUCGAGGCCCUGAUGCAGUAUGUAGAUAAGCCAGAUCCGUCAGAGGAUGCGUCGAGCAAGGAAGGCAGGGAAAAGAAGAAGCGCUAUGGGCCAAAGCACAAGGACAGCAAGGACUCGCAGACCAUUGAACAGGAUAAGCUACAUGCACUGGGAUACGAGCAGACCACACCUGGUCCUGAGCCUGCGCGAGGCCCUACACCGGAAGAGCUCCAGAGGAUGCGGAACACCCCGUCGCCCCAGAACUCAAUCUCGUCAAUCAUCGCCACGCAGUCCUCCUCGACCAUUACAGCGCCGACACUCCAGCCCGCCCCGGAGCGCACAGCACAGAAGGCGGCGAAGAAGCGCAGCAUCUGGGGAUUCAGACAGAGGUCAUCGUCGGAUCUGGAUAAUCAUCAUUUGGGAGGUACGCCAUAUCAUCAGAUUGGAGAAAGGCUCAACAGGAGUGUCUUUGGUGCGACGUUGGAGGAGGCUGUUCAUCUUAGUAAGCCGUUUGGCGUUACGGUGUCACUGCCGGCUGUCGUGUAUCGAUGCAUUGAGUACUUGGAGGCCAAGGAUGCGGCGAGUGAGGAGGGUAUCUUUAGGCUGAGCGGCUCGAAUGUGGUUAUCAAGGGCUUGAGAGAGAGGUUCAAUACUGAAUCGGAUUACAAUCUCUUGAAUAAUGACGAGUACUACGAUGUGCAUGCGGUUGCGGGACUUCUGAAGCUCUAUUUGAGGGAGCUGCCGACAAACGUUCUCACCACGGAGCGAAGGGAGGAAUUCGUCAAGGUUACGGAGAUGGAUGAUAAGGCAACCAAGAUUACGGCUUUGAAUGAGCUUGUCCAUAGCCUGCCAAUUGAGAAUUUUGAGCUCUUGAGAGCUCUAUCAGGACACCUUCUGAGGAUCGUAGAGAACUCUGACGUCAACAAGAUGACAAUCAGGAAUGUUGGUAUAGUGUUUUCUCCGACACUCAACAUCCCCGCCCAGGUCUUCUCCAUGUUCCUCCACGAGUACCGCCACAUCUUUGUACGCCCCGAGGAGCAAUACCCCUCGGAGCGUGAUCUCCCACAAUCCCCCUCCCGUGAGGCCCACGACAAUCGACCCACGAUCACCGGUCCGAUGCAGCAAUCUGCGCAGCCGCCCCAGCAGCAACUCCAGCAGCAAACUCAACAGCAACCCCAGCAACAACCCUCUACUCAGCAGCAGCAGCAACAGCAGCAACAGCUGAUCCACGUUCCUGGUACACCAGGGCUUCCACUCAAGACGCCGCUCCCAAACCUAGUGCAGGAGCCGCAAACACCGAGGACAGUUGCGGCGAGCUACGAGCCCGACUAUUCACAAAUGUUUACACCAUCACAGUCGGAGUUCCCCAGGAGCCCGCUGCCAGUCGAAGUCACACAGGGAGAGUCGGCGAAUGGGCUGUCGCUGCCCGAGAAAGGGGGUAGGCAGAGGAGGAGAGAGAGCUCCAUGAUGUUCAUGAUGGGGGGCAUGAGGAAUAAGAAUACGUUUGUGGUACCGAAAGCGAUGGUAAUGGAGGAUAGUGUGUAUGAAUGA